GCACCACUCGGCAAAGCCCCCACAAAAUCCCCCUUAAAACCCCCAACCCAACUCCAUCUUCCCUCUCACUAGUCCUCACUUUUUACUCUCUCAUUUCUGAACUUCCCUCUUUCCUGCCCCAAAAAAAGCCAGCCAUGGCCAAACUACUCCUUACUUCCCUAGUCCUCUUCUGCUGCGCCAUUUCCACGGCGGCCGCAGCAGCAUCAGCCAACCCGAGAUCCAGCGCCGCCGCGGCGGCGGCGGCAUCAGCCAGCUUCAUAAAAUCCUCCUGCAGCGCCACCACCUACCCGGCCCUCUGCGUGCAGUCCCUCCUCUCCUACGCGCCCACCAUCCACCGCAGCCCAAAGCAGCUGGCCCAGGCCGCCCUCUCCGUCAGCCUGUCACGGGCCCAGUCCACCCGAUCCUACGUCCGGGCCCUGGCCCGCUUCAAGGGCCUCCGGCCCAGGGAGAAGGCCGCCAUCCGGGACUGCGACGAGGAGAUCGGCGACACCGUGGACCGCCUCGCCAAGUCCAUCCAGGAGAUGAAACGGAUCGGGGAGAAGCGGAGUGGGCCCGGGUUCGAGUGGCACAUCAGCAACGUGGAGACGUGGGUCAGCGCCGCGUUGACCGACGAGAACACCUGCGUCGAUGGGUUCGCCGGGAAGGCGUUGAACGGCAAGAUGAAGAGCGGGAUUAAGGCGCGGUUUACGAAUACUGCUCAGGUUACGAGUAAUGCCCUGGCUUUGGUGAACAAGUAUGGCGGUCACUGAAAAAAGUGCAAAACUUUGGAUCCUUUUUUGUUCUUGGUUUUAAUCUUUGGAUCGAUCUAUCUCUCCCGCUAAUGUGUAACAUAAACAUGAAUUUUGUGUAGGGUUUUGUGACUGUUUUAUGUAUAAUAUAUGUACUCUAGUCUUGUGCUCUGUUUUAAUACAUGGGAGCAGGACAUUUUCAGUGUGACAGAGGUCUUUCUGGCCAAAAUGCCGUGUUUGCUGGUCAAUAAUUAAAGUAGAAAGCGUUGAAUCAACAGUAAGAGAAAAAUAGGGAGUGGGGACGGUGCGCAUGUGAAUUCUGAGGCGAUUGGCCCUUUUUCUGACGACAAACUUGUCCUUACCAUGGUAAAGAAAAUCGUACCGGACAUCAUACCGGAUUUCUUUCUGAUAUGGUAUUUUGUGAUACGACCGUGAUUCAACCGUUUUGUACCCGUAAAUACCGUUUUUCACUAUUGAUAGAGAAAUGAAAUGCGAUAGUAUAA